GAAAGUCCUCAACAACUGAGAGCGAUGAUUCAAAGUCAGUGAAACUUCUAACCCUGCUGAUAUACAUAGCUGCGCAAAACAAUAGCCUUCAAUUUGUGGACUUCAUUUUCAGUACUUCAGUUGGAAAACUGGUAUUUACUCAUUAUAAACACAAUCCCACCCUACCUGAAGAUGUUGCAAGAGCUAAUGGACAUCCAAUCUUAGGGAAUUACUUAGAGAAUGUAAACAAGAGGUUGUCAAAAGAACGGAUUGAAGACAAAAGUGAAACUGUUAAUUGGCUAGAACUUAAGCAUGCCAUGGAAAAAAAGCAGGACCAACCGUGUAAUGAUGAUGUUCAAACGCCAAUUUAUCCUGAAAGUGAUAAGAGCCAACGUGACUAUGAUGCAGACGAUGAAGUAUCCAACUCAUCAUCACCAUUUAGUGAAAUAACUGAUCCAGGAUGUGAGGAUAAAGACCACGAUACAACAGUUUCUUUAACCCCCACUGAUGAUAACGAUGCACAUCCAUCGAACCAAGCAAAAGCAGAGAAGCAACGAGAUCAAUAUGAAGUGGAAGGACAAAAGGUUGAAUCUUUGUUCACAGAUGAUGGUGAGUUUGCGAACAAUAUGGAACCUCCAUUGCAUGACGUAGAAAGCAUGGAGAUUAGCAGAAUUGCAAGGGUCUGCUGGAUUGCAGAAGUAGAUGACGCUGCGACCGAUGAUUUAAACUGGGUUUCUGUAGGACUUCUAAAUGACGCAACUUACUUAAAUAGUUCCAGUAAUAGUUGCAAUGCAAAAAUUCAUCACCCGCGGAAGCUUUAUCAGGCUACAAGUGCUCCUGAAAAUGUCCACGAUUAUAAAUUGCAUCACAAACAGGAGGUACUUGUGUUUGUUUCAGACGCUGUUACAAAUGUUGCAUUGCAUCCAAACCAAGAAGGAGCAGACCCUGCAGAUGACCAUUUUGUCAGUUCUGCUGUUAUGAGUGUCGCUGGAGAGACUUCAAAUGCUAUCGAAUUAAGCUCUGAUGGUGGAGCAAACAGCAGUGCCGAACGCCAAAACCAAGAGCCCACAGACAGUAUGACCAUAUCGCUCCCAUGUGAAAUCAAUACAGAGACUUUGAUGAAUCGCUAUAUCCAGACGACAACAAAAAACACCUUUUGGAAACGGUAUUGCAGUGAAACAGAUCAAAAGGAAGGACAGGACGAACUUGAAAAACCUCUGGGUUACAACCAAGGAGAAGCCGGCCCCGCUAAUGACCACAUUGUCACUUCCGCUGUAACAAAUAGUGCUGGAGAGACUCCAAAUUCUUUUGAAAGGGGUUCUGAAGUUGGAAAAAACAGCGGUGCUUCACGCCACAUUCAAGGGCUUAUAGCCGGUAUAACUAAAGUGCCCCCGUGUUUAGACAAUGCGGAGAGAGUGGCUGGUCCCUUUAUCAUGAUGAAAACGGAAAACAACCGUAAGGAACGUAAUUGUGGUAGAAAAGAACGAGAGGAAGAACUGAACAACCUUGAUAAGCCUCCAG